AUAAUGAAUGAUCCGGACACACUGCCCGACGAAGUUCGGGAAAAGUUGGCCGAGCUCGACUUGGAGCUGAGCGAGGGGGACAUCACCAAGAAGGGGUACGAUAAGAAACGGGAUGCGCUUUUGGCGCCUUUUAAGAGUCUGCGGGCAGCAAAUGCACUUCACGCCGAACAAUCAUCAGCUUCACCGAAUUCUCGGUCAAAUCGUAGAAAUCAACGGAGAGUUACUCAAGAUGAUGACAGAUAUCAUUCUGAAAUCCGAGUAGAAGCAGUUCAUCAAGCAUUAGCCGAGUAUUCUGAUGGUCGGAAGCUUGGACCACAACCAGUAAAACCGCAUCGACGAAAUGGAACAUCUGUGAGCAGAUCGUCGAGCGCUCAAAAAAGCAAACGAUCGAAUCACUCGGGAAGAAGGAUGUUGUCGGAUUCAUCAUCAGAAGACGAAGACAGUGUGAAUGGUGGAACACUGGGAAGGAAGGAUUCAACACUUACACGUCCACCACAGACAGCACCACGGACGGCUUCACUCGUGUCAAAUAAGAAUAAGAAGGAGACAUUGGCAUCGACGUCAGAUGCGGCGGCAGCACCUCCACCGCCGAUUUCAAGAAAUACUGCAGAACGACGUGCUGCUGCUGCUUCAGGUGGUGGUACAAGGAAAGAACGAGCUGUAGAGGAUAUGCUUCGACUUGUUCAAGAGAAUCGAGAUCGGCAUGAUCAACAACAGAAGGACUAUGGCGAGUAUGUUCAGGCGAGAAUCCGACCGAAGGCUCCUGGUGGAGAAGUGAUUCGUGUUGCUCGGCAAGACUAUCGAAAUAGUAAGAUUAUUGUGACAGAUGGCGAUGCGAUUCGAAUUUCUCCACACAGAGAGGAAAUUGAGACAACAAUCGAAGAAACAACAUCACUUCAUAACGGACAUGACGAUGAAGCUGUCUAUGUGAAUACGACGAUUGGUGGAGCAGCACGGCCACCAUCACCGAAUGAGGGCCAAGAUUAUCAGAAUGCUGUUUUACCUCUCAAGCAAGCGAAAGUCUCUUCGAAGAUUCAAAAUGUCGUAAAUGCACUUCAGAGGCCGAGAAGCAAGCCAUUGCAAGACUAUUACAAUGAUGAUGACGCCGAGUUGGAGGCGAUGGCCAAAAUUCGAGAUCCUGAUGCUCCGAGACCCGAGGGAACUAUCAUGAAUCCGGUUAGAGGAGAGGCAGCACAUUCGAACACGAAUAACACGAUGCCUAGGAGUUUGGAUAGUUUCAGCGCAUUCCACCGAUUCGGAACUACGGCGGCCAAAAACAUUGCUGCAAUGGUACUCGAUCAAUCCGCGAAACCUUCCACUCAACUAACAUACGGAAAACUUCAUAGCCGAGCUGGAAAAGUUGCAUACAUGCUUUUGACGAAAACCGUCCAAGUCAACAAAGAUGGAUCGAAGAAUGUGAUGUGUAAACCUGGAGAUCGUGUUGCUCUAAUCUAUCCGAAUACUCAACCUCUUCACUUUCUUGCCGCUUUCUACGGAUGUCUUCAGGCUGGAGUCAUCCCAGUUCCAGUUGAAAUGCCAUCCUCAAAACGAGAAGCUGGAAUUGCUCAACUAGGAUUUCUUUUAGGAAACUGUGGUGUAAAAGUGGCUCUAACAUCGGAAUCUUGCUACAAAGGUCUACCGAAGAAAGUGAACACAUCGUCAACGUUCUCUGCUCCGUCUGGAUCCAAUUCACUGACUGGCACCAGCAGUGAGAUUGUCGACUUUCGUGGAUGGCCUCGACUCUGGUGGGCUGUCACUGAGCAUAUGUCAAAACCAUCUCGCGACUGGACAGCUCCACCGCGAUUAGCAGAUGAGACAAUUGCAUAUAUUGAGUAUACGACUGGAAAUGAUGGAACUGUUAAAGGAUGUUGUGUUACGAGGCAGGCUGUAUUUGCACAUUGUCGAGCACUCACAACUGCUAUGGAGUAUAAAGAAGACGAAACAAUGGUUUGUGUUGUGGAUUUCAAACGAGAAGUCGGCCUCUGGCAUGCGAUCCUUGCUUCAAUAUUCAACGGAAUGAAAGUAAUAUUCGUACCGUACUCGCUGAUGAAAAUGAAUCCUGCCACGUGGAUGCAUAUGGUAUCCAAGUAUCAGGCAACCACUGCACUCGUCAAAUCAAGAGAUCUUCAUUGGGCACUGCUAGCAACCAGAGAUCAUAAGGAUAUUUCGUUGGCUUCAUUACGGACACUUCUAGUCGCUGAUGGAGCAAAUCCUUGGUCACUCUCGUCGUGUGAUGCAUUUGCGGCCGCUUUUACUCCAUCACCAUACAGUCUACGUCCCGAUGCAAUGUGCCCGUGUGCUGGAAGUUCUGAAACUGGAACUAUUUCGAUUCGAAGACGUGGAAAUGCUCAAUUAGGGAGUCAAAGUGGGCGAGGAAUUCUGUCAAUGUCUGCGUUGAGUCACUGUGUUGUACGGGUGGAUACGGAGAAUUCGUUAACUAGUUUGACACUUCAGGAUGCUGGUCAAAUAGUCGCUGGUGCCGUGGUUGUAGUAACUGCGAUCGAUGGAUCCAACCGACUAUGCCAGGCUGAUGAAAUCGGUGAAAUUUGUGUUUCUGCCAACUCAACAGCUCAACUUUAUUGGGCUCUCGAUGGUCAAACACAUCACACAUUCAAAGUGGAACCAGUUGGAGAAUAUGGAAAACUUAUCGGAGCUGUCAGAUAUGUCCGAAGUGGACUCAUCGGAUUUAUGGGUCCAGAUGGAAUGGUUUUCGUAGUGGCUCGACGUCAAUCUCUUCUCGCUGUUUCUGGUCGUUAUCACUCUGCUGAUGACAUCAUUGCUACGGUACUUGCGGUCGAACCAAUGAAAUUUGUGUAUCGAGGAAGGAUUUGUGUGUUUUCGACGAGUGUUCUUCGUGAUGAACGGAUUGUAAUUGUGGCUGAACAGAAGCCGAAUUGUUCUGAAGAGGAAGCUUUUGAUUGGAUCACCCGCGUUCUACGUGCAAUCGAUACUAUUCAUCAAGUUGGAAUCUAUUGCUGUGCCCUCGUCCCCGCCAAUCAUCUUCCGAAGACACCACUCGGAGGAGUCCAUGUUUCCGAAACAAAACAACGAUUCGAGAAUGGUGAUCUCCAUCCGAGCACACUUCUCAUGUGCCCACACAAUUGUGUUCUGAAUCUUCCGAAGCCUCGAGAACGGCAAGCUGAUGUUGGUCCUGCGGCGAUGUUUGUUGGAAAUAUUGUUCAAGGUGUUCGAAUUGCGGUUGCCAAGGGAAGAAAUAUUGAUGAUGAACCGUCUCUCCCACUGCUGGAAUGCUUACGAUCUCGAGCCCAAUCUUCUCCGGAUCAUCGUAUUCUGACUCUUGUCACUUCAAAAAAUGCUGAACAAGACACUGCAACAUGCUCAACUCUUCUGAAACGUGCUGAACGAAUCGCCGGACUGCUCACUGACAGAGCCCGAUUAAGUCGUGGAGACCAUGUGGCACUGAUCUUCCCUCCAUCUAUCGAUCUUGUCGCCGCGUUUUUUGGAUGUCUUUCUGCUGGACUCGUCCCUGUUUGCAUCAAACCACCUGUGGCUUCUGAUCUCAACACAACUCUCGGUCCUAUUAGAAUGAUGGUUGAUAUGAGUAAAGCUGUCGCAAUUUUGGCACCACAGAAUGUGAGCAAACUGUUGAAGAGCAAAGAAGCCGCGCAUAGCAUUGAUUCGAACGCUUGGCCAAUGAUUUUGGAUUUGGAAGAUGCACCGUCAUCAUGGAGACGAAAGAAUAAUAAUAAUUGUGAUACAACGACUUCUGGAAGUAGCGGAGCUGCAUCGAAAGAAGAAAUAUGUUAUCUCGACUUUUCAAUCAAUUCAUCUGGACAACUUCAAGGAUCUUCAAUGUCAGAAGCGUCGGCGAUAACUGUCUGUAAAAGUAUAAAAGUUUCAUCGGAACUUUAUCCAUCAAGACAUGUUGUUGUGUGUGCUCCACCAUAUUCUGGUAUAUCUCUGGUUCUCUGGUGCUUGUCAUCGGUAUAUUCUGGGCAUCAUACCACCUUAAUUCCACCAAUGGAAGUCGAACAACAGCCAUCACUAUUCUUGACGACUCUAUCAAAUCUGAAAGUUCGUGAUGCGUUCACCACAUACUCCACCAUCAACACAUGUGUGACACAGCUGGCGACAUCAGUCGAGAAUCUUCGCGAACGUGGAUGUAACCUGUCGAUGCUCAGAAGUUGUGUGGCGAUUGCCGAAGAACGACCCAGGAUUGCUCUGAUGAGCUCAUUCUGCAAGCUGUUUGCUCCUCUUGCACUCAACAAUCGUGCAAUCUCUACCUCAUUCUCAUCACGUGUAAACGCUGCCAUCUGUAUGCAAGGAGCAUCUGGACCGGAGCCAUCAACUGUCUACGUGGAUGCAAGAGCUCUUCGAAAUGAUCGUAUCUCGCUGGUCGGAAAAGGAGCACCGCAUAGUGUGGCACUGAUUGAAAGUGGAAAGCUUCUCCCGGGCGUCAAAAUUGCCAUUGCUAAUCCAGAAACGAGAGGGCAAUGCGCAGAUUCUCAUCUCGGAGAAAUUUGGGUGGCGAGUAUUCACAACGCAUCCCCAUUAAAUCGUUUGGCAAGUGUCACUGGGUUCGGAGACGAAGGAACGAUGAAUACGGAUGUCUAUAAUGCUCGUUUGACGACUGGAGACACAAAGACUCGAUGGGCUCGGACGGGAUACCUGGGUUUCCUUCGACAAACUCAAUCGAUCACCGAGCAUGGAGAGCUUCAUGAUGCAGUUUUUGUUGUUGGAGCUCUCAAUGAGAGUUUGGUUCUUCGUGGUAUGAGAUAUCAUCCAUUUGAUGUGGAGAGUACUGUUAGCAAAGCGCAUCGUUUUGUUGGAAAUUCAGCCGUCUUCACAUGGAAUCACCUUGUCGUUAUUGCCGCCGAAUGUACUGGCUCCGAGUCGGAUGCUCUCGAUCUCGUACCAGCCAUCACGUCAGCUGUCCUUGAGGAACAUCAUCUCAUCGUCGGAGUCGUUGUCGUCGUGGAUCCUGGAUCUAUCCGACAUGGGCCAGGCGGUGAGAAGCUGCGGAGCACUAUUCGCUCCCUGUUUUUGGAGGAGAAGCUCAAUCCGAUAUACGUAGCGUAUCACAUGUAACAAGUUCAUCCACCCUCCCCAUUCAUUUCCAAAAGUGCCCUUUAUCAUUCGGUUCCAGUUUCUUUUUAUUUUCUCAUUUCUCUUCACUUUUCUUGCCUUUCUACCUUUUUUCAAAAUUUGAAUUGUCCACAAUCAGUCAAUGUAUCAUAAAAUCCCAUGCCUCACUCACAAACACACUGCUUACUUUUUUGUCGGGUUUCUUUACUUAUUUCUUUUCUCAGAACUUUCUAAGCUAUCCAGCUUCUUCUCCCCCCAGAUACACACCGGUUCUCGACACCUCUAGUUGCUAUUUGACUGCCUUCCCCCUCAAUUUAAAUAUUUAUGUACUUUCUCAUUAUUAUAUUCAUUUUUAUACUAGUUAUUCUUUGUUCCAUAAAUCAUAGCCUUAAA